AUGGAUGCCCUGGGUAUCUAUGUGCUAACGUUCAACUGCGCUCGAAACUUCGUUGAUGUCGACACCUUCGCGCCGCACUUCUUCGACGCCCUCCCCGCUGCGGGGAGCUCCGCACCAGACUUGAUCGCCCUCUCACUACAAGAAAUCGCACCAAUCUCUUACUCCUUCCUAGGAGGAUCUUACCUCGAACCCUACUUCGAUGCAUUCCGCCGUACUGUUAAGAAAGCCUGCGCGCAAAAAUGGGAAGAUGACUACGUGAACUUCCUCACCGACAAUACGGGCAUGACUGGCCUCAUGCUUUUCGCACGCCAUGACACCCUCAGCAAGAUCGCCUGGAAAGAUAGAGCGCAUGUGGGCGUUGGCGUGGCCGAAAUGGGAAACAAGGGUGCUGUCGGGGCGCGUCUAGGAUACCUGGUCGAAGGACAUCCUUCCAAGACAGUCGAUUUGACUUUCGUUGCGGCGCAUCUCGCCCCAAUGGAAGACUCAUACGAGCAGCGGAACCUGGAUUGGAAGAGCAUUGUUGAGCGCCUUGUUUUCACGCCUGAAAAGCCCGGACAAUCGGAUGUGAACGAACGGACUGGGCUUCUGGGCGAUGCGGCCUCAGCUCACUUCGAGGGCAGUCGGAGAGACCUCUUCGCGCCAAACGCCUACCUUUUCCUCGCCGGAGACUUGAACUACCGCACAUCGAACGUCGGCCCGACGAUUGGCGAAAUCGCUCAGUUUCCACGGCGGAACGUCGGCGUCGAAGACCCAUCACACUAUGCCCAUCUCCUCAAGCACGACCAGCUCACGCGCGAGAUGAGCUACGGACGGACUUUCCAUGGUCUAUCUGAAGCGCCGAUCGAUUUCCCUCCUACUUACAAGUACUCCGACGCGGCGCGCGAAGCAGCUCGUCUAGGCGAGACGGCUGGUCAGGAAUGGAAAUGGUCAAAUCACCGCUGGCCCAGCUGGUGUGAUCGGAUCCUGUUCCUAGAGUCACCGCCAUGGAUUGGUGAGGCCGGGAAGGUCCAACCGCUCGCGUACAAUGCACUGCCUCUCUUUGUACAGUCAGAUCAUCGUCCUGUUGCGCUGCUGGCGACGGUGCCGCUGCAGAGUUCGGUUACUUUGGACGAUCACGCGAGAGCCAGUCUACGAGCUGUGGCUCCAUUCUCCAUUGAUCCGAUGUGGGAAUCAAAGCGACACAUGGCGCGGCGGAAGGAGGUGGUUGUGGGUGCUGUUGCGUAUCUGGGGCUGACCAGGGAAGGAAACGGGUUGUUGCUCGUGUCUAUGUUGGGUAUCUUCGGAGCCUGGUUCAUUCUUCGAUCUAUGCUGGAGGUUUGA